UUAACGUUUCGCUUGGCUAAGUGCGCACCUCGUCACUGAAACCAGUUAGCAAAAGAAAUUGUUGUUCAAGCUUAAACCGAUAUCUACGUCACUGUUCGAUCAUUUCGAAUGCAAAUUAUUCCCAGAUUAAUAAAAUAGGUCGCCAUCCGUGGCGCUGCCGCCGGGCUGCGGACCCGAACUUACGGCGGAAAAUAUCGGGACCAUAUCAAUAAAACCAUUCAUGAUACACAAGCUUAAACACUUACAAUCGAGCAUACGCAUACCAAAAACCAAACUCAAAGUGAAAGUUCAGAUCCUGGAAAGUAAAAAGUGAUGCAUGUUAAACAGUCAGACGUAGCUGAAUUAUAAGCAAUGACAAAUUGAAGUGAUAGUCUGGAGUUUGAUAACCAGGUGAAGAAGAUAUUAAUACGAAGUACAAAGUGGGCAACGAAAACCAUCGUCUCUAACAACAAUGAAAAAGGGAUUGCUCCUGAAUACGCGAUACCAAUAAUAAAUAUACGAUCAUAUUCGACCACGUCAACCAUCAUCGAAUUCUCCAUCGCCACAACUGUAUUAAAACAAAUUAAUUAUGAUGCUUACAACUGAACACAUAAUGCAUGGGCACCCGCACUCGUCCGUAGGGCAGAGUACUCUAUUUGGGUGCUCCACGGCGGGACAUAGCGGCAUAAAUCAGCUGGGCGGCGUAUAUGUUAAUGGCCGGCCGCUGCCCGACUCGACGCGUCAAAAAAUUGUAGAAUUGGCUCAUUCCGGCGCACGUCCUUGUGAUAUUUCAAGAAUACUGCAAGUUUCCAACGGUUGCGUAAGCAAAAUUUUGGGCAGAUAUUAUGAAACAGGAUCAAUAAAACCUCGAGCGAUAGGUGGUUCAAAGCCACGCGUAGCUACUACCCCGGUCGUACAAAAAAUUGCCGAUUACAAAAGGGAAUGUCCCAGCAUAUUUGCGUGGGAAAUACGAGACCGACUGCUAUCGGAACAAGUUUGCAAUAGUGAUAACAUUCCAAGUGUUUCAUCUAUUAACCGAGUCUUACGUAACCUAGCUUCACAAAAGGAGCAGCAAGCUCAGCAACAAAAUGAAUCUGUUUAUGAAAAGCUUCGCAUGUUUAAUGGCCAAACGGGCGGAUGGGCAUGGUAUCCAAGCAAUACAACGACGACACAUUUAACUCUACCACCAGCAGCUACCGUUGUGACAUCUCCGGCCAAUUUACCAGGACAGGGCAAUCGGGAUGAUAGUCAAAAAAGAGAAUUACAAUUUUCAGUUGAAGUUUCGCAUACAAACUCUCACGAUAGUACGUCGGAUGGCAACUCUGAACAUAAUUCAUCUGGAGACGAAGACUCUCAAAUGCGGUUGCGCCUAAAAAGGAAGUUACAACGCAAUCGGACAUCAUUUUCUAAUGAGCAAAUUGACAGUCUCGAAAAAGAAUUUGAAAGAACACAUUAUCCGGAUGUUUUUGCGCGAGAAAGGCUUGCAGAUAAAAUUGGUUUGCCAGAGGCACGUAUUCAGGUUUGGUUUUCAAACCGACGAGCUAAAUGGCGUCGAGAAGAAAAAAUGCGAACUCAGAGACGUUCGGCUGAUACCGUGGACGGCAGUGGUCGACCCAGCACGGCAAAUAAUUCUUCAGGAACAACUACAUCUUCCUCCGUCGCAACGUCAAAUAAUUCAACUCCAGGAAUUGCCAACGCAGCAAUCCUCGUUGCCGAACGAGCAUCAUCUGCAUUAAUUAGUAAUAGCCUACCCGAGGCUUCCAAUGGACCAACUGUUUUGGGUGGUGAAGCUAAUGCUACACAUACCAGCUCUGAAAGCCCUCCACUUCAGCCAGCGGCACCGCGGCUUCCCUUAAAUUCUGGAUUCAACACCAUGUACUCAUCUAUCCCCCAACCGAUUGCAACGAUGGCUGAAAACUACAACUCCUCAUUAGGAUCAAUGACACCGUCAUGCUUACAACAACGCGAUGCCUAUCCUUACAUGUUUCACGAUCCGUUAUCACUAGGAUCUCCCUAUGUGCCAGCCCAUCACCGAAAUACAGCUUGCAAUCCCGCAGCUGCACACCAACAGCCACCUCAGCAUGGCGUUUAUACCAAUAGUUCUCCAAUGCCGUCAUCAAAUACAGGUGUCAUUUCUGCAGGCGUUUCGGUGCCUGUGCAGAUUUCAACGCAAAAUGUGUCUGACCUAACGGGAAGCAAUUACUGGCCACGUCUUCAGUGAUCGUCAAUCUUUGACUCACCAUCAGAUCUUUUGUCAAAGGCGACUGCUGCUGCAAUCAUUGCCGCACAAGCAUCUUCGGAAAGACAUAAACACCGAAAAGCGCAUUCAAUUGUUAGUAUACAAACCACAAAAAGUAACAAAAACCCACCUAGUUUGAAGAACCAGACAACGUGCUGUUCAUCUAGAUAUUUAAACAUGACCGCUGGGUCGGGGAAGGAUGUAGAUGUUAUUAUAGGUCAAGGUCUUAUAGUUUCCUUAACACCACGCGAUUCAGGAAAGCCGGAACUUUUUGACAGUCCUAACGUGAACUACCAUCAGGACUUUCAAGUAAUUUAAAAAGGGUGAUUCCCUUCAGCGUGAAACGUGUGGACUGCACACUAAAAGUGUUUUAAAAAGUACACAAAAUGCUAAGUCUACAUUAAAAUUUAUGAUUAAAUAAAGCAGUUGUUAUUGAAUAAACAAAUAUUUAAGAUUUGUAAACAAUAGUUCCGCUUCGUUCACAUCCCUUAUUUUAAGUUCCGACAUUUCUAACCUGCUAAGAGUUUGUUUAAAAUAAGUUAUAGUAUUUCACAGAUAAUAUAUAUAUAUUAUAUAUAUUUAUCAACCAUCUUACAGACUGUUGAUUAACACCCUAUCGGGAUAAUAGAUUUUAAGUCAGUUGUACUUCUAAGUUCUAACUACCCUUUAAUAAUCGAAUAUUUGGUAUAACAGUGCAAUGUCUUUUAAGUUAAAACUAUUUUUUUUAAUCUUCACAAUAUUAUAUCCGUAAUAUAUUUAGGUCAAAACACCACUAUACUGACUUGUUUACACAUUAAGUCAUCUAUACUGAUUUUAUCACCUUUGAGCUUUGUGUCUUUUUUCCAGCAGACAUCACCGCUACUCAAUUUAGGGAAGUACGUUAAAGACCAAGAUGACGAAUAGCGACGUUUUUCCUUUUCAGUUCGAUUUAGGAGCGUACACAUUAAAUUUUUAAGGUUUUUAAUAAACUUUUAUUUAACUUUCACUACCUCUUUAGUAUUACGAAGAAAAGCAAAAUUACAUGUACACUAACGAAAUCUGUUAACAUUAAAGCGAUAAAAACACUUUAUCAUUGUGAGUGCUCAAAGACUUAAUAUUUGUCUUUUACUUUAACGUAAUUUUAAUCAAAUUUCCCAUACUCAAUUACUUUACGAGUAACGGGUAUAAAAAUGAUUUUUACUCCCUUUUCGCCAUUGCACAUUAUUACAUGUUACAUAUGUACAUAUUUUUUUAAGUUGAAUGAAAUAUACAGGAUGAUGCUAAUUUAUUGUAUAGUUUAGAAGGAAGAAAUUUUCUUUGUCGCCUUAUAAACAAUUUGACAAAUACGAGAACAUAAAAGAUUUAUCUACAUUGUACAUAUCUAUUAUAAGAUGUACAUACAUACAUGAGUACUAUAAGGUGUUUCUAAUAUGAUCGUCAUGCAAUAAAUUAAAAAAUAGUUGAUUCGUUUGCUUAAGAAAACAGUAAACCUCCUUAUAUAGACUACAUUUUAGGUUAAUAAAAAAAUAUUACUAUGCGUUUACUGGUCGAUAUAGUUUAAAAACUCUAUAUUUAAAAAUAAUAUUUAGUUUAUUAAUAAAUGUUGUGUACAUGAUUAUUUUAAAUUUAAUUUAUAAGUUAUUAUUCCACCAGUUCGUAAAAUAAAACCCUAGUUAUUAAUUAAAAACUUAUAACAACGUAAGAUUGAAAUGAAUUGCAACGAACUUGACUCCAAUGAAGGAACUGAGCCAACAUUUCAUCCAGAUAAGCACCUCCCCAACAAGCCUUCAGGUUUAUAUAUUUAAUAAUAAAAAGUCGUAUAUAUAUAAUGUAUGGUUCAAAUUUAUAAAUAAAAUAAAUAAUUGUAAUACUUCAGAAUAUACAGAAUAUUCAGAAUCUGUUGUUCAUAAGAGGGACUUAAUAAAAUCGUACAUAAACGUGAAAA